UCUUGUGCAUUUGUUGUGUGCCGGUGAGUACCCGGCUGUGUAACUUGAUAGGGGGCUUCGAGAGGGAAUAAGGGAAUGUGGGGCUGCAAUGGAGCAGAAUGCAAUACAGUGGUUAGGCGCUCCCUCCUGCCUGCGUGGAUCCUUUGCCUUCUAUAAGUCAGUGAGCUGUGAGGCCUUGGCCGGGGCCCCUGCACUGGUCUGGAAACUGGGGGAGUUCUACUAUGUCCGCUGUGGCCCUCAAGAACCUGUGUGCAUUGCUGAGGUGACUUUACUGUGGGAGGACCUGGCCCAACGCCAUCUACUGGCCAGCGCCAGACUCUACUUCCUCCCUGAAGAUACUCCCAAGGGCAGGACCAGAGAGCAUGGAGAGGAUGAGGUGUUGGCCGUCUCGAAGAAGAUAGUGGUGCGGGUGGAGGAUCUGGUGAGUUGGACCUGUCCUGAACCUCCAGGAUGGAAAGGAGGAAGCAAGAAGGCCAGCGACACCAACAGGCAUCACAAACAUACACCCAUCAUUACCAAUGGACCCACAGCAUCAAUCGAAGAGAAGGGUGAGCGUCUGGGGGUCAAGGUGCUCAGUUACCCCCAGUACUGCCGCUUCCGCUCCCUCCAGAGACGCAUUCAGGACGGGGUGGUGUUGGGGCUGCAGGAUCCCCAUCUGCUGGCCCUGGGGGGGAUCAGGGUGGCCCAACACAACACCCAGGUCCUCUACUGCAGGGACACCUUCAACCACCCCACCCUGGAUAGCAAUACCAGUGUCUGGACACAGCUGGGAUGCACCUCCCUCAGCUUGAAGGGGCGACCCCUCAAGAGAAGAGGAAGGCCAGAAGGCCAGAAAGCUGUGGAGCCACCAGCCCUCAACCAAUCAGAGUCCUGGAUAGAAAGAAUAACAGAAAAUGUGCUGGGCAGUGUGGAGAUGCAAUGUGAGGAGGGCUGUCUCCCCCACCCUGAGGAGCAGAUGUUCCUGGAUCAACUCUACUGCUACAUGGAGCGCUGCGGCUCACCUAUCAGCAAGGUGCCCAACCUCGGCUUCAAGAAGAUUGACUUGUUUGUCAUGUACUCUACAGUCAAACAGUUGGGGGGCCAUGAGAGGGUGACGUCCCAGCGUCUGUGGAAGAAAGUGUAUAAUGAACUAGGAGGAUGCCCGGGCAGCACCAGUGCUGCCACAUGCACCAGGAGGCACUAUGAGAGGCUGAUUCUUCCUUACGAGGAGCACAUAAAUGUAGGUGGUGCAGAACUAAAACUUCCAGCAUUCUCUGGGCAUACCCGAGUUAGGGCGAUGAGUGGGAGGAGACCGCUGGUGAAGGGGAGAGGUGCAGAGGCCAACCAGGAGAAGACUGUAACCCCUACCCCUCCAACCAUUUCUCCAGACGGUGUGGUGGUAGUGAAGAGAGGCCGUGGUAGACCUCCAGGCAAAAAGAACCAGGUCAAACUCCUAGUCUCCAAGGCCAGUCCAGUGGUCCUGUCUCCCCCAGCUAAACCUAGCCUGGACCUUGGGGCCCAGCCUCCUCUCCAGGCCCCCUCUCUCGAGUCCCUGUCUGUGUUCCAGGGGCUAAACCUGGCCAACCUGCCACUAACCCCAGACCUGUCUCCCAUCUCUGCCCCCUUCCUCCUGCCCAAAACUGAAAGGGAGGUAAAGAUGGAGAACGGGGAUUCUCCAGCACCAUCACCCACUCUGCCUCCUGCCACUUUCUUGCCUGCUCUCCCCAGGCUCCACACAGGGGGGUCCUUCGAAGGGUUCAGCCCCACUAAAGGCCUCUGUACCCUUGAUCUCUUUAGGAGCCGACUGGGCCUCACUAGCCUGAUCACCCCUGGUCUAACCCCCCAGAACCCGGCCUCCCACCAGCCCUCCAGCCUUUACCUCCAGGCCAAGACAGGGAACCCAAACACCACCCUUCUCAAUCGGAACCAGCCCCACCCACAGUCUCACCAUCAGUCCCACCACCAGUGCUGGGGGUGCAGGCUGGAUGAGGAAGCCCAGAGGGGGGGUAGCAGCAGCACCAGGGAGGUCUGUAGCAGCAGGCCUCCCCUGCCCCCUCUUCGGGUCCUCCCCCUGGAUCUGGACUGCAGCCUGCAGGUGCGCCAGCUGAUGCGUACGCGUUUGGGCUCGGCCCAGCUCUACUCUAUCACCAAGCGGCUGUCGGAGGUCUUAGCCCAGGACCUGAGUAGCAAGCCACAUCUGUCUGUCACCCCUCCCCCAGAGCAGGCCCUGCCCCUCAACCUCAGCAAGUGUUCCAACACCAAAAGAUCUGCCUUUGAUGAAACUGACUAUAGGAUGUCUUCAGGGGAUCAGGAUAAUGGUGACUCCACACUCCCCUUAGCUAAAAGUCGUAGAGUGGAGUCGUGUGAUGAGGCUGAGGACUUGAGCUCACCCAGCAGGGCCAGAGCUUUCCUCCUGGAGCUGCCGCAGCAGACCACUACCGGCCCAGACACCUCUACUACACCUACCCAGUUUUUCCUCACCAAGUCUGGGGAGGCCUGGGGAGACACCCCCCUGGAGAACCAGGGCAGGAAUUCUGACUCUGAGCCAGCAAUCCAGGUGAAGGUGGAAGAGGACCUGAGGGAGAGCAGCUUGGUGGAGCCUGAGGGAGACUGCUCUGUAAGGACAAAGCAGGCAAAAGUGGAAGAGGGAGAAACUGUAAAGAUGGAUAGGGAAGAAGAGGAGAAGAUUGACGACGUUGAAACCGUUAUCAUUGAGGAUGGUGUACAAACGCAAUCCGAGAAAGAUGAGAUGGAGGGGAGGAAACUAGAGAGGAUAGAAAAACAGUGUAAUACCAUAAAGAUGGGCGGCGGCAUAUCAGAGAUUAUGAAGGGGACUGAGGAUUCCUUAGCCCACUCUGCCAGUGACUCUGGGGGCCAGCAGGUGCCAAUGGAUGAUGAGGAGAUGGAAAGUGAUGUUGAGGCAUCUAUCAAAGGGCUGCCCAGUCCUAUCCUACCCCCAACCCAGGCCCAGCCAAGCUGCCUGAACACCUGCACACAACCUCAACUGCACAUAACAUACUCAUGACCAACACCAACAAUCACUACACCAGUCUACCUUAUGGGAGGAUACUCUCAAACACACAAUCAAAGAUGAAUCCUAUAAACUCUGUAACGACUCACACACAGACUUUGAAACACUGCCAUUGCCUUUAGAUGACACCAUUAUAUUGUUCUGUAUAGUACUAUGCAUCAUACAACUUUUGUGCUUCCAACUUUAUUACACAAAAAUUAGAGUGCAGAGGUUUUUACAACAAUCCACCAAUUUCCUGAAAAGGAUUGGAUAAAAUAUGUGCCUUAGCGCUGUUGUGCUCUGAUUUCUAGUCAUUCACACAGUACAACAGCCAGGGGUGUAUUCAUUGCCAAAUGGGACGAAAUGGGAAGGGACCCAUCUGAAUUUGUACAAUAGAAACUAGUUGUCAUUGCAAACCAUUUUUCCAUUGUGAAAAGCUUUGCUACAAUGUGAACUAAUGAAUACACCCCAUGAAACAGUGUUUGAGUCCUAUAUGUACUUCCUGUUUGCAAGUCUUUAACACUGACAGGAUUUGCACACCUACUGUACUUGUUCCUUUUUUUUCUUUUGAGGCAGUCAUUUCUGAAUAUUUCCUCUGAUGCCAAUUUUGAGGUAUUUUAAUGUUUGUCUAGUUUAGAGAAACAAUGCUGACACCACUUGAUGUUUUUAGUCCUUGGUGCCUUGAUCAGAGUUUGAUCCCAUUAAGUCUGUCAGACAGUUGGUAUGUUGUGUAUGGAUCUGGGGUGUACUCUGAUCUGAUUUAGAGUAGCAGGGGAAUUCUAUUGACUCCAAGAACCAAAGGCUUUUCAUAACUCGUUCAAUAGAGAGAGUGCAAGUUUUCGGGUUGUGCUUUAUAGAUUUUUCUAAAUUAUUUUAAAGAUAUAUCCCUGGAGCUA